UAAAGCAGGAAUGUUUUGCCUAUCGACGAAGAGGAAGGAGGAGGAAGUCGUAGGAGGAGAAUUGAAUGAUGAGAGGUCGAGGAAGAGGGGCCGGAGGGAUCACCUGCUCCUCUAGCCCGUGAUUGGCGCCGCUGUUCUUGAAUGCCUGCUUUUUGCCGACUCCGUCUCCUCCCAGUCCGGAUGAUUUCUUUGUUCUGCUGUGUGUGUGGGCUUGGACCGUCUCUUCCUGAUAGAUAGGGAGGAUCCGAAUGUAGAAUAGAGAAGCCGAGUCAGAUAUAUCCUACUUGUGAAUGGAAGCAACAAGGGAUACCUGCACAGAUUUAUCUGGAGUCUCCCCUACGACCAUGUCUUUUUCAACAGAAUGUCUUCCAACUUCUGCAGCAUCUCUAACUUCCACAGUUGUUGAAAAGAAUUCUGACAAUAGUUGCUUGCAGGGAAAAGGUAUGCAUGCUUUUGAGACAAAAAAUGAGCAAUAUCUUUCAGAUCCUUCGCCAUUAGACAAUUAUAUACCUAUGAGUGAAUAUAUCAACACAAAUAGCAAGCAGGAAGGUGCUGUCGAGGAUUCUGUGUCAUCAGUUCAGCAAAACCUUCUGGAUAUCACAUCUCAACAUGUAGCUAUUGCUGAGAAUUUUGAUAGUCAUCACCAGCAACAGACAGUUGUUGAAGAAUCUGAACCACUAGUUCUGCAAGACAUUCCUGAUGCUUCAACAAUGGACAAGAAUAAACCAAAUACUAUGGAGAGCUUGAAUAUAUCAGGUACUCCUACUGACGAUGCUGUGGUUGUGUUACCAGAAACUGUGACUUAUCUACCAUCUCAUUCUUUGGACGCAUCAAAAGCAGAGCUGGAAAAUAUAUCAAAGCAUGAAAAUGAGACUUUUGUCAAAGUUGAUCCCAUUCAGAUUAGUAAUGAUUCUUCUGCAUCCACUGAGACAAGAAACACUGAAGGGAGGCCAUCUUUGCAGCCUUCUGACCUCAGUCACAUACAGGUUCUUAGACAUACACAAAAGAAAACACCAGAAUCAACUAAAUCUUCUAUACACAGAAAAGAUGACAAUGCAAACAGAGGCUUUGUCGACACUGCUGCCCCUAUUGAAUCUGUUAAGGAGGUUGUGACCAAGUUUGGAGGAAUUAUUGAUUGGAAAGCUCAUAAAGCUCAUAAUUUAGAGAAACAGAAGCAUGUUCAAUCAGAACUUGAGAAGAUUCGAGAAGAAAUUCCAGAGUGCAAAAGACAAUCAGAAGCCUCGGAAGAGGCUAAAAUCCAAGUACUGAUGGAGUUGGAAAGCAUGAAGAGAAUCAUAGAAGAACUAAAGCUGAACCUAGAUAGAGCUCGAAAAGAAGAGGCCCAGGCGAAACAAGACUCAGAACUGGCCCAACUGAGAGUCAAGGAAUUGGAGCAAGGUAUUGCCAAUGAAUCAAGCAUUGUAGCUAAAACACAACUGGAGGUUGCCAAAGAAAGACAUGAAGCAGCAGUUGCUGAAUUGAAGUCAGUAAAAGACGACUUGCAAGCUUUACAAAGGGAAUAUGAUUCAUUGAUCAGUGAAAGGGACAUAGCAAUGAGGAAGGCUGAGAAGGCAGUUUCAUCUGCAAAGGACAUUGAGAAGACAGUUGAGGAACUUACUCUAGAACUCAUUGCAAAAAAAGAAUCACUGGAAUCAGCACAUGUUGCACAUCUUGAAGCAGAAGAACAUAGGAUUGGUGCAGCCUUGGCGAGAGAUCAAGAUUGCUUUACGUGGGCAAAGGAAUUGAAGCAGGCCGAAGAGGAGGUGCAACAGCUUAAUCAGCAGCUUACAUUGACAAAAGAUCUUAAACUGAAGCUAGAUGCAUCUUGCACUUUGCUGCAGACUUUCAAGGCUGAGUUAGAGGCAUAUAUGAAGGCAAAACUGAAGCAAGAAUCUGAGAGCACCGACAAUGAGAAAAUACCAGAUGAUGUGGAAGAAACAAAGGGAACUACGAGCUCCAUUCAAGCAAUAGAUUCAACCAGAAAGGCGCUUGAAGAAGUGAAGGCUAGUAUUGAGAAAGCCAAAGAUGAGGUUAACUGUCUUAGUGUCGCAGCUUCAUCCCUCAAGACUGAGCUUGAUGCAGAGAAAGCAGCACUUUCCACCUUAAAACAGAUGGAAGGCAUGGCAUCCAUAGCAGUUUCUUCUCUUGAAGCUGAGCUUGAUAGAACAAGACAAGAACUGGAAGUGGUCCGGAUGAAGGAAAAAGAAGCUAGAGAGAAGAUGGUGGAGCUUCCCAAAUUAAUGCAACAAGCAGCUCAGGAGGCAGAUCAAGCUAAAUCAGUUGCUCAGAUGGCACGAGAUGAACUACGAAGGGCCAAGGAGGAAGCGGAGCAAGCAAAAGCUGCUUCAAGCACCACACAGAUCAAAUUGCAUGCGGUUCUUAAGGAAACAGAGGCUGCCAAAGCAUCAGAGAAGCUGGCAAUGGCACGAGUUAAGGCAUUGCAAGAGAGUGAGCAGGCUGCAGGCAUGGGGGGCGCGGACUCCCCUGCGGGUGUGACCCUUCCAUUAGAUGAGUACUCAACUCUUUGCAAAACAGCCCAUGAAGCAGAGGAGCUUGCGCACGAGAGGGUUGCAGCUGCCCUGGCGCAAAUUGAAGUGGCCAAGAAAUCAGAGCGAAGUAGCAUAGAGAGACUGGAGCAAACGUACAGGGAGAUGGAUCAGUGCAAGCAAGCCCUGAGAGUUGCUAUUGAGAAAGCUGAGAAGGCGAAAGAAGGAAAAUUGGGUGCGGAACAGGAGUUGAGGAAAUGGAGAGCCGAACUCAAACAGCGCAGAAGAGCUACAGAUGCAGCUAAAGGUACCAUAAAUCCUCCACUGAGGAGUUUUGAGCAGAGUAGUGAACCAAAAAGCAGUAGCAAGGAAGCAACCGAUGUUCAUGUCCAUCCUGAACCAGAAAAUGCAGAACAUGAUGCACCUGCUAGGAACAAGACGAAGAAGAAGAAACCACUCUUCCCACGGAUUGUUCUGUUCUUGGCCAGGAAGAAGCCUCAACCUGUGAAGUAAUGAGCGUGCAUGGUGUAUGAUUGCCAGUGUGAAGAUGUCUUUGUUGUACCUGGAACUCCUUUUCUCUGCAAGUAUAGAUGUGUGAGAACUUCUAAAUGAGCAGUCUUUUGGUGGAGAAGCUCGAGAUCGAUUUGUGCAAACUAAGUCAAAAUGUGUACUCUUUUUGAUGAUCGAGUAUUACAGGUUAUAAAUGAGCAGUGUGUAGAGCCA